GCUUGUGCAAACUCAAGAUCACCGGCGGGACUGGGGUCGGUGCAGUGCAGCGUCCCCGCCCUGCGCCAGCAACCAGCGCCUCCCGUCCAGUGCCCACCGCGGGCGCCACGUCCCCGUCAGCGCUGGCAACCUGUCACCGCCGAGGACGUGACUCCGAGCUGCCUCCGCUCUCUCCAAGCCCUAUUCCUUUAAGAUGAUGUAAUAGUCAUUUCCCUGGAUGGUUUCUUGCCUGCACUGCUCACACAACAGCAUCCGAACUGCUCCUGGCACCGUGGGACCUCCUAGCUCCGGAGCUCGAGCCCCGCAGGCAUCUCCCUGCCGCCCGGGCUUCUUCCCGCUCCUACCUGGCGGGGAUAUGGGCGUCCCUUUGCCCUUGCCGGCAGGUGGGGUGGCUGCUGAGACCCUGGCUGGGCGCAUCUGUCUGUCUCUCCGCCUCUGGGCUCUCUGAACGCCUCAAAGUCCAGUUACCUCUUGCAACUCUCCCAGGUGUAAAGGAUCUGCUCUAAAGGUUUUGAUUUUGAUAUUUUUUUUUUUCUCUUCUUGCCGAAGGUUUGGUUGAAUAUUUUUUUUUUCCUUUGCUUCACUUCUUCGACUCAGCCUUCUUCUCACGGUUCAACUUUUUUUUUUUUUUUUUUUUGAUCCAUUUUAACUAGAGAUUUGGGAGUGAAUACGUACACACACACACAUACAUAUAUACAAACGUACUUUUCCGAGCGCGUAAGUGCGGGAUCGUUUAUUUUCCGAGAGCACAUCUCUCUGGCACUUUUCACUGAUACCUCUGUCCUUUACCUGUGUGGGAUUUGACAAGACCCAGUGUGGCUGUGGUUUCCGAUUGCUCUGGAAAAGGUUAUUUCUUCGCAAGAACUAAGUCUCCAGCACUCGCUAAGACAGACCUCUGAGUAACUGGGCACUCGGCCUUCUUGCCUACCCGGCCUAAUGGAAGAUCGAAUGUAGACAAGCUGAUUAUUACAUCCUGUGAAGUAGUAGCUCACUAUCAGACAGCUUUAAACUUCCUGUCCAACAUUGCUUCACCUGUGGACUCUCCUAAAAUUUGCUCUGUUGGGGGAAUAAAGAGCAAAACCGGGGUAAGAGGAGGUCAUUUUUGAACAAGUUAGCACCUUUUCUUUCCCUCCCUUACAACUGGAUGCAAAGCCUGGGGCUGUGACUCUGUCGUCGGAUUGUACCUUUCAGUCCAGGAAGCUGCACAAGAAAGAGACAAUGGCUCUGAGUGGGAACUGUAGUCGUUAUUAUCCUCGGGAUCAAGGGGCUGCAGUUCCCAACUCCUUCCCCGAAGUCAUAGAGCUGAAUGUUGGGGGCCAGGUUUACUUCACCCGCCAUUCCACAUUAAUAAGCAUCCCCCAUUCCCUCUUGUGGAAAAUGUUUUCCCCAAAGAGAGACAACGCUAACGAUCUAGCCAAGGACUCCAAGGGAAGGUUUUUCAUUGACAGAGAUGGCUUCCUGUUCCGUUAUAUUCUCGACUAUCUCAGGGACAGGCAGGUGGUCCUGCCUGAUCACUUUCCAGAAAGGGGAAGGCUGAAAAGAGAGGCUGAGUAUUUCCAGCUCCCUGACCUCGUCAAGCUCCUGGCCCCUGAGGAAGUCAAGCAAAGCCCGGAUGAAUUCUGUCACAGUGAUUUUGAGGAUGCCUCCCAAGGAAGCGACACAAGAAUCUGCCCUCCUUCACUGCUCCCUCAUGACCGCAAGUGGGGUUUUAUUACUGUGGGCUACAGGGGAUCCUGUACCUUGGGCAGAGAGGGACAAGCAGAUGCCAAGUUUCGGAGAGUUCCCCGGAUUUUGGUUUGCGGAAGGAUCUCCUUGGCAAAGGAAGUCUUUGGAGAAACUUUGAAUGAAAGCAGAGACCCAGACCGAGCCCCAGAAAGAUACACCUCCAGAUUUUAUCUCAAGUUCAAACAUCUGGAAAGAGCUUUUGAUAUGUUGUCAGAGUGUGGAUUCCACAUGGUGGCCUGUAACUCCUCGGUGACAGCAUCUUUUGUCAACCAGUAUACAGAGGACAAGAUCUGGUCGAGCUAUACCGAAUACGUCUUCUAUCGUGAGCCUUCCAGGUGGUCCUCCUCUCAUUGCGAUUGCUGCUGCAAGAAUGGCAAGGGAGACAAAGGGGAGAGCGGCACCUCCUGCAACGACCUCUCCACUUCCAGCUGCGACAGCCAGUCAGAGGCCAGCUCUCCCCAGGAGACGGUGAUCUGUGGUCCUGUAACGCGCCAGAGCAACAUCCAGACUCUGGACAGGCCCAUUAAGAAGGGCCCCGUGCAGCUGAUCCAACAGUCGGAGAUGAGGCGGAAAAGUGACCUGCUCAGGACUCUGACGUCGGGCUCCAGGGAGUCGAACAUAAGCAGCAAAAAGAAAGCUGCGAAAGAAAAGCUCUCCAUCGAAGAAGAGCUGGAGAAGUGCAUCCAGGAUUUCCUGAAGAUAAAAAUUCCAGAUCGCUUCCCCGAGAGAAAACAUCCUUGGCAGUCUGAACUUUUACGGAAGUACCAUCUAUAGGGGAGGGCUGGGGAUAGUCACCAUUUUGAAAUACCCCCCCCCCCAAAGGAAGACAUGUUAAAGGAAAAUGACAACUAAUGAUCCACAUUUGUUAGAACACAAUAGUCCAUUGAUGUACUACUGCCUACUUUAACUAGCUCACCUUAACGUGUAAAUCCACAGGGUAGAUUUCUUUUCAGAUGUGGAACCAGAGGCGCGCUCUUGUGUUGUCCUUUGUCUUUUAUUAACUUGGUCCCAUGUGCUGAGAGUCUUACAUACAAUGAAAGCUGGCUCCAUGUGAGUAGCUCACGGGCUUUGGGAGUCAUCCAUCCCAAACCGUUUUUUUCCCCCCUCUCAUUUUCUGCCUCCUUCCUUUGGUCAAGGAUGGGGAAAGAGAUAUGAUCCAGUGGCAUAUGUCAAGAUUUUUAAUUUUUUCUUUCCUUUUGUUUACGGGGUGAGGGGAGAAUGGCAGAUUUGUAUGAUUUUUUCACUUAGAUCUCUAUGUGCCAGUUUCUAUUGACUCUGUAUGCAUGAGCACUUGUGCAACACAAGCACAAUAUAUGUCUGUAUAUAUGCACAAUGGAUGCACAUGACCCAGGGGCUGGACAGCAAAGGACUGGCACCCUGCUGCCAGCUGCCCACCCCCCACAAGAGCACUUCAGACAAAGGAACCUCUGCCUCUUUAUUCAAACCCUCCUGGGCAGAUUUUCCAGCCUCCCUAGGCAACACUUUCUAAUGCUGAAUAGGCUCCCAUCAUCAACGAAUUCUCUUUCUUAUUUUGAAGUGAAUACCCCCCAGGCUCCUUUGCUCUGCUGUGCUCUUUCCCUACAUUAGGAGACAGGGAGAUGAGCUAGUGGAACACUGUUUGUGUUUGAAGAAACUAGCAGAUAUUCUCAUUCAUAAACACAGCUUGGAGAUGCCCUGCACUCAGCCUUCUCCAUUCUUAUUUGAUGAUCACCAUUCUCUACCUGAAUCAGAGUUCUAAUUUUCCCACAUUUUUCCUGAUGAGGCCUUUUGUAUAAAUCAGGCAAGUCCUUUGCAUCCUUAUGAGUUGUGAAGCUGUGAACAACACACAAUGAUUGAAGAUGCAUCCAGCCUUCAGUUUGCUUGCUUUAGAGGAUUUGUACCCCCACAUGCUUCCUAAUUUCUCAUACGAACUUUAAACUACACCUGUACAUUGUUGCUUGCUUAUAGCCAGGCUUGGUUGCCUUUGGGAUCCUGGGGUUUGGCUGUGGUCAUACUACGGUUUAGUUGUACCAUUUCUAAAAUGUCUGUAAUGAUCCGAGUGGGUGGGGCUGGAACACAAAAGUUAUGAAUUUGACUUUUUAAGCUUUUUAAAAAAUAUAUUCCUGACCUGUAUAGAUACAGUCCAAAAGAAAUUGUUAACAAUGUCUAUCCACAUGACUCUUGUCUUCUAUUAAUCUCUCAAUAGUUCUUUUGUUCACUUGUGCUAAAUGAAUGUCCAAAGACAACUUUUAAUUUUCAGCAUUCUUCACACAUCUCGGUGGUAACUGAAAAAAUGAUUUGUCACUAUAAUGUGCCAAACAUUCCUAAUUUUUUGGUGUGUGUGUGUGUGUGUGUGUGUGUGUGUGUGUGUACAUGUGCACAUACAUAUGUUUAAUUAGCACAGGUAAUAAAGACAACCAGACAAUGUCUAUGGGAGGAAAAUCUGAUGACCAGUUUCUUCUUUCUGAAAACUUUCAUUUAGGUACAUUUGUUAUUUAAGAAUCUCCUCAUUGAUUUAUUGGUACCUGUUAGUCUUUCUGAAUUUUUUGUAAUUCUUUACUACACAGGUGGAUAAUAGGAUAAGGCAAUGCUUUCUUGUCCUGAUGCUUCAGAGAGUUUAAAAUUUUAAGUGAAAAAGGAAAGGUGCUGAGUUGCCAGGAAAAUUAUCAUUUAUAAAAGUAUUUUUUGUGUAUUAAUAUUUUAGCAGAUAGUUGAUGGAUAGCUUUGUGUAAAGCCUACUAAUGCAUUCUGUGUUUCUUGAUGGUACAUCAAAGACACCAUCAUAGUAACUAUAGAAGAUACUGAGAAGCAUCAUGGAUCUUAAUGGAUCAGAAGACAGUGGAUGUAAAUGACUGACCAGAUGAUCAUUGACUCACUGAAAUGGCUUUCAGAGAAUCUGAGAUUUGAAUAAAUUGGCCAAAGUCCCCAGUUUCCUUAAAUUUCAGCCCUAAUCAUAAUUGUAUCAAGACAUUGAGGCACUCAAGAACUGGGCUGGCCAUCAACACCAUAGUUACUACUUCAGUUUUCAAAUAGGAAAUAUAAUGCUAUACCCAAAGAAUUAUAGCAAUGUUCUGCAGGCUCUGUUGUUAAGGCAUUUCUUUUUUCUUUCCAGAUACUCUGUACCCACAGCUAACAAGCUAAGUAGUAGAAAUCUGUUGAAAAACAACAACAUAUCACUUUCUUUUUGGGGCUACCUGUAAAAUGGCAUCUGCCCCAUGGUAAAAUGUUUAAACAGAAAAUACCAAAAGCAUGGCAUUCACUUGUGAGGGUGUUGACAUGUUCAGGAAUAGAGCCCAGGUUAGUACAAGGCUUUGAGGAGGCACCAAGAAUAUAAAGUCUUAGGUUCCCUUUGGCAUGGAGUGAUCUAUCUAGCGUGCUCCUUGUAGUCUUCAACACACUGGGAAUAAUCUUUGGCUAAGUGAACCAUGAGAUUAAGCAUUCUGGUAUCCCUGGCUUCUGAGCCAUAAGUUCAGUUAUGGACAGAACAAUAUUAUAUACAGUUCAGUUCUUGAAUGUGGAUUUUGACAGGAGCUGUACAUUGUUGCUAUCAAGAAAUGAAUAGUACUGGAUGGUCAAAUGAAUGAGACUUGACAUGUGUAUAGACUGAAUUUGGGCUGCCUUCUCUGAAAUCCUGUAAGGCUAAAUUCUAUGAACUUGGGGAGGUCAUUAAAUGGAUAUGUAGUCUCCUGAAGUUAGGGACAUAUUUAUAAAGUCCUCCUACCCACUAUUAAGAAGGGAACACUAUGCAAACAGCAGAGGGAAAAGGAAAACACAUGUUAACAUAGUUUAUAAUUACCUCUUCCACUGCUCAGAAAAAAAUGCACUGAUGUAGUCAUAAGCAACCCUGUGAAGUGGCUUCCAAAAUACACUGUGAUGUAUUCCUGUGCACAUCAGCAUAUCUGUCCUACUGGACAUGCAUGCAUGCCUCGUUUUUAAAAGGGAGGAAGAGUGCAAUGACAAAUGUGCCUAUCACUUGGCCUUGUUUAAUUCAGAAGCAUUCUUUCUCACAGAUGGCAGGUGUCUGUUCAUUAUUUAUUCUCUUAGCCACCCUGCUUAUGAUUCUGGAUUAUGUUUGCUUCUCCAGACUCUCCAGUCCUCUGAGUAUCUUUUUUUUUAUAAGCAGAACAUGCUCCAAGGAGGGAAAUUAAUGGCAGAUACAAUAUUUUUAAAAAAUUACUCCAGUACAGUUCCUACAAUGAAAGUCAAAACUUGAUUCUCAAACUUUUCUUUGCUAUCACUUCAAUCUUUCAAUUUGGUAUAUAGUAGAGUAGACCAACCCAGAAGAGCUGAGAGUUGGCAUUCUCUACCAUUGGAUAUAUUGUCAUGGAAUUUGAGUAAUGGUGGCCUUAUGUUUGAUCUUUGCUAGAAUUAAUAAGACAUUUUCUGCGAACUUAUAGGAUGAAUUUUUUGUCAUCUCUACUUGACAUAACAAUUUUCUAAGGAAAAAUGAAGGGAAUUAUUUUCCCCCUGGUGACUCUGUGGCAGAUAAAUGUUUUUACCAAUUUGCAUGCUGAGUUAUAGGUUUUAGCAUGGGCCAUUUCUCUCUUUAAUGUCUUGGUAUUGUUGGCAUCUUGCAAUCUUGAUGGCCUACUGUUCCAAUUUAUUUAUUUUCUCUUACAGUGUUAAAAGAACACACUAGAGAAAGAAUCAGAGUGAGCAGUGUGUAUUUGGACCUACAAUGGAGUUAGAUGUCAUUGGUAAGGGACUAUACAAUGAUAGAUAUCUGCAAAGAAAUUAGAGGAAAUGAAACAUGCUGGAAUGAGUUUGAUUUAUAUUGCCUUCAUCACUUUGGUUCUAGAUGAAAUGGUUAUUGCUCCCCAUCCCUGUGGAAAGAAGAGUCUUCAGCUUUAAUGACUACAGCCUUGUGAUGCAGCCACAGUAUUUGCUUGAAAUGUCUGCUCUUCUCAUUUUGCUAUGGACACUGGGAAGGGGAUUUUCCCCCAGUGACCACUGCUGCAAACACUUUUGUAGUCUGGUAUUCAUCACACAUUAAAUCCACUUAUGGCACUUUCAGAAAAGGAGAUCCCCUUAUGUAGACUUCAGAGUCAGAUUCAUAAAACUUUUAGCAGGGGCAGGAAAUCUGCAUUUUGAACUAGUAUCUUUAGUAGUUUUGAUGGUUCAAGGACCACACCUUAAGAAAUACUAUUGAGGGACUAAGGAGAAG